CAGGGAGGCGGAAGCCAAGUUCCUUCUAGACAUGCAACUAAUCAGGGUUUCGAUGUUGUUCCUAGUCCAACUUUCUCAGCUUCCCGGAAGAAACAGAAGACAUUCCAAUCUCUAAGUCUUCUCUUUUAGUCAUUAGUGUGCUUUCUUCUGUUUAUAUCCGUUGUGUUGUUUUAUGUUGUUUCUUAAUCAGCUGUCGGUGAUAUUCGUGCAGUAUCAUCCAAUAGUCGUGUGGUACCUGGUGGCGUAUCAGCAAAUGAAUCUGCUGAAGCUCUUAUCGGAAGAAAAGUGUGGACAAAAUGGCCUGAAGACAGACAACAACUUUUAUGAAGCAAUUAUAACCCAAUACAACGCAGUUGAGGUGCUUUUUCUAGAAGUCUUCGAAUGUAUUGCAUUUGUACACUAGUUAAAGUGUUUUGUAGUUUAUUGACUUAUUGUGUUUCUCACAGGGUCGGCAUGCUUUGGUGUAUGAUAUAAACGCAAUGAAUGAUAUCUAUUUUUUUUAAUUAUAUCAUAUAUAUUUAAUAUUAUUUUUAUUUAUUUUAAAGAUCCAAAUCCGGAUCCGGAUAUCCGCCGGAUAUUACAAUUUUUAGAAGGAUAUCCGACAUUUGGAUAUCCGAGAACUCCGGAUCCGGAUAAAGAUAGUAAGAUUAUGGAUCCGCCGGAUAAGGAUCCCGAUUCGGAUACCUUAAAAUUGCUUGGAUACCCGAUCCGAUCCGUCUCAGGCCUAGCUUUGACCCGUUUUUACCUUCUUUUUUUUCCUUUUUUUUUAUUUGCUGAAGAAAGGAAAAAGUUUAAUAAUUUUAGCAAAUAAAUAAGUAACGAAAUCAAAAAAAUUAAAUCAUAUGAAAAUAAAUCAAAUAAUAACUAGAAAUCUUUGUUUGUUCAUAAUAGAUUUGCACUAAUCCUACUUAGAUCAUCAUCCUUAAGCAAGUUACAAGCUACCCCUUUCGAAUCUCUCUCUCUCUCUCUCUCAAAAACAAACAACAAACAAUGCAAUUUGACUUCAAACAUAUAAACGUUGUCCCCAUCGGCAACGAGUUCUUCGACCACCUCAACCAUUCCCGCGUUUCCGACAAGAGUCUCAAACUCAACCGUCUCCGCAAACUCUACACCCGCCACGUCACCAACACACACCUCACCUUCCGCAACAAACUCUCCACCAUCCUCCACGACUUCCCUCUCCUCCAAGACAUCCACCCUCUCUACAUUAACCUCCUCCGCUUCGUUCUCGACAAAAAUCGUUACAGCUUCUCCCUAGGUCAAGUCAACACCGCCAAAGACUUGAUCGCAAACAUCGCUAACGACUACGCGAACCUCCUCGAGUUCGGUGGAUCGGUUAAAGAGUGUAAAGCCUUGAAAGCGAGCGCUGUUUUCGGGAUGUUUAGCGUUGUCAACGAGAUCACUCCUGGCUUAGCUUACCUCGAGCAGUUGAGGCAGCACAUGAUGAAGCUUCCUUUGGUUGAUCCGGACGUGCCGACAUUGUUGGUUUCUGGUUACCCUCAUGCGGACAAGGCUUGUUUUGUUAACGGAAUCGUUGAUUUUAGUGCAAAGUCUGUGGCUUUCGAUGUGGGUUUUAGUGGUUAUGAAGGUUCGAUGAGGUGUCAGGUGAUUGAUGGGGUUUUGGAUAAGCCUGUGUUUGGAGAUUGCGAUGUUGUUGUCGACGCUUUGGCUCGUCAUCUUGGGGAUGCUAUUGUGUUGUUCUUUUUGGAUGUUUCUGGUUCAUGUGGUUACAGCGUUGCGGAUCAGGUUGUGUUUUUUCAUAGUGUGAAGGCUGUGUUUGUGGACAGACCGUUGUUGAUUGUUUGUGACGAGAGUGAUUUGAUGCAAGUGUCUGAAGAAGACUGGAGAUUGAUUGAAGAGAUGGAUGGUGGAGUGGGAGAAGAAGAAGAAGUGGGGUUUAAGAUUAGUGAUUUGAGGAGUGAGGAAGGUGUUAUCUCUGUGAAGAAUGUUGCGUGCGAGAGGCUGUUAUAUCAAAGAGAGAGACUCAGUUGCAUUUCUAUGGAAGAAGCUAGGGUAAUGAGGAACAAAUACACCGUGGCUCAUCAAGAGCUUGAUGAUGAUCAUGGAGUUUCAGACUUGUUUCUUGAUCCAGACGUUUUGUUUAGGCUUGAGGAGCUGGAACACGAAGAAGGAAUAAAGCAGUCUGAGGAAGAACAAGAAGAAGAUGAUGAUUCUGUGAUAGCUGAGGAGCGUUUUACCGAAGAGCAUAAGGAUCAACUUGUUGCCAUUCGCAAGAUACAACCCUUGAGGAUAUUAAUAGCCUUUGGUUUUUGUAUCCUUGUGGGGAAUACUUAUGGAACCGUUCAACAAUGUCUCUCAACUCUAAUUUUUUGAGUUAAAACUAAUGUUGGUUUAACCCUCUACGGAAUUAAGAAUAAUAAAAUAAUAUUUUUAAUUUAAUAUAUAUUUACAAAAUUGGUUUAUUUGCAAUUGAAGAUAAUAUUCAUCUUCCGUAUUUUUUGUUGUUCUUGUUACAAAGUAACAAAUGACAUGUCUGUGAAUUUUCUUUUUAAUUGAUGUAUUUUUUAAAAAAUUUAUUUUUUGUUCCUCUUUGUUAUAAAAGUAAGUAAAUAAAAAUGCAUAGAAAUAUAGGUUAAAUUCAGUACAUACAUCGUUGAUUAUUUUUCCAUCUUAUAUUUUUUCAAAUAUAUUUCUAAUUUUUUUUAUUAGUUGGACCAAGAUUCACGAGGAAAAUUUGUUUAUAUUAGAUAUUUUUUUAACACUUGUUUGUAUUUUAAAAUUUUAUUUUAUAUCUUAUGUGUGACUCACAAAAAUUUCUUAUUUUCUUAUUUUUAUUGUUUUAUAUUAAAAUUGUUUAAUAUUAUGAUAUUUGGCAUUAGUGUUGUUUCGUCAAUUAAAAUUCAUAAUAGGAUUGUUGAUAUAGUUUUAAGAGCUUUGAUGGGACUAUUUUAAUUUUGGAGGUGUAGGUAUUUUUGUACAUUUGUCUUAUUUUAGAUCACAUAGUUUAAUUUUACGAUUAUUGUCUUUUUCAUAUUAUUUAUAUAGUGUCUGUUUUUUGGAUUGUAAAAAUGCAAUUUAUAAUAUGUAUUUUAAACUAAACUAUUUUUGUUGUAUUUGAUAUAUUUUGGUAUUUUGUUUUCAAAGUGAAUUUGAUUUUUUUUAAAUUAUUUGAUUGUGUAUUUUCACUGAUUAUUGUUAUCCGUUGUUUUAUUUAUGUAUUAAUCAUUGAUUAAUGUUUUCCAUAGUUGCUCUUUAUUCUUUCUUAGAUUAAAUUUGAUACCAAAAAAUAUUUAUUAAGGUUCACAUUUUUAACUUGGUUUGAAGAAACAUCUUAAAUAACGUAAAUAAAUCUUUUUUUUUGUUUUAUGAAAUUUUCUAUUUAUUCUUGAUUUUCUUUCCUUUUUACUAUGUAUUGUUGCGAAAAUAAUAUAUGUGGAUAGAUGAUUGAUGUAAAAAAAUUUGGUUGAAUUGAGAAUAGAGUAUUAAUUAUAAAAUAUAUGGGUUAUUUAAUGUUCUGUUAAUAGAUUUGAUCUAAAUACCAAAAAAUGAAAAAUAUGAGACGUUUUACUAAUUUUGUAAAAAUUUAUAAUGUGUGUCAAUAUUUGUCAUAUCCUUUGCUUAUUUGACUUUAGAAGAGAGAAAAACCAACUUUAUUAUAGUAUAUAGAUAUAUCUGCGCGGUUCAAAAAACAAAUAUAUAUGUCAUCUUUGUAAAGAAGUUGAAUAAUAAAAGUUCUUUUACCAAAAUUCUGAUCCAUAUAGUAUUGUAUAUCAGUAACAACUCAAACACUCUUACUAAGCAUCAUCAUCUAUACUUUAAAGAACAAGCCUAACUAGGGAAAACAAAAGGUAAACUAUACCAAAAUAUUCUAUCAGUAGUAAUUACUAGACACCUAAGAGAUGCACAUGAGUGUGUUGACUUACAACUUAACUUGUGAUACCAAAGUGUUAAUGGCAUAGUAGUAGUGUAAAGGAGUUGAUUAGGUUGUGUCUCUGAUUCAAACUACCUUGAGCAAGUGUUGUUCUUUGAAACCAAAACAUGAAUUAUGUUACUUGGUUAUUAUUGCAGAGGCUAUUGCAACUGUUGUAAUACGAUAUUGUGAAUAUAAUUAUUGUAAUUGAGUAUUAAAUGUUUAUUUACACCACAUAAACGUGUUACAAAUAAAAUAUAUAUUUAAUGAUAAAAUUUAAAAUGCCAACAUACAUAUAAUUUAUAUCAAAUCAAACACCCAAAUAUAUAAAUAUAUAUAUUGAAUAUGUAAGAAACAAUAAGAUAAUGGAAGACUGUAAAUUUGAAACUAAUUAUUAAAAACAUGUAUUCAAAUGUUUGCAAAUGUAAUCCUUAACAGUCACUAAAAGAACAUUAGGCCUACCAACAAUAUAUUCUUCAUGAUUUGGUAGUUGUUUAUUGCAAAACGUUUUGCAAUCUACUUCACAAAUUGUCGGAUCUGGUUUUUCGGAUACUUUCAUGCACUGAUUCAAGAUGCAGUGUUUGACACAUUUCUCAACAUUGGCUGAAAGAGAAAUUUGUGCCGAAAGCAUCAUUAUACACAUAGCUACUAUCAAGGAAAUAGUGCAUGCUUUUUUCAAAAUUUGAGUUUUCAUACUUUAUAUAUGAUUACAGCAAAUGUGAAAUGUGUAUUAGUUUAGUCUUUUUUAGAUCAUGAACAAGAUGAUUCUGAUAUUGUGUUAGUCUUGGUGAAUUAUAUAUAGUAAAGUACAUGAUGAGUAUUUUUAGAAGUUUGUUUUAGUUUGGUUGUUGUUUCUUUUUUUAAUGUAUAUACAUCGAUUAAGCUGUGUGAAACUUACCUAUAUUUUGUUGUGUUAGCUAUCUAACCAAUUUUUGUUAUAACAAUAAAAUAUAUAUUUUUUGUUUGUGUGAUUUUGAUGAAACGUGAGAUACCAUUCUCUUAUACAUUUUAAAUGUAAAUUUAUGUAGAGAUUAAAUUAUUAGUUGUUAACUAAAAUCUUAAGAAGCGUAAGUUAUAUUGUUUAUUUAUACUAAAUUUGUAAUUUUUUUUGUUAUAUCAUGUUAUUCUUUAAACUGCUUUUAGUUUAAAUUAUUUUUUUAUUAUGUAUUAAUUGUUUGUUAUGCUUUUUAUCAUUUUUUAAAUUUCUCUAAACUUGAUGUUGGUGACAAAGAAGUAAAAUAAAGCUCUCUGAAUUAUUGUUUUUUUUUUAUUAAAUUAAAAACUAUAUUGUAAGAUGAUUUCCCUCUUUUUUAUUUUUUUAUUUAUAUUUAUAUUUUAAUUUUAUUUAUUUUGGAUUGUAUUAUCAUUAACUCGUUUAUUGUUGUUUAAAAUUUUCACAAAUUAAAUUUAUAUUAUGUAUUUUAACCUAAAAUAUUUUUUUGUAUUUGGUUUUCAAUGUGAAUUUGAUUUUUUUUUAAAUUCGUUGAUUGUGUAUUAUCAUUGAUUAUUGUUUUCCAUUGUUUCUUUUUAUUUAUGUAUUAAUUAUUGAUUAUGUUUUUCCAUAGUUUCUUUUUUUUUCUUUCUUAGAUUAAAUCUGGAACCGAAAAAAAAGAGUUUCUUGAGGUUAACCUUUUUAACUUGAUUUGAGGAAACAUCUUAAAUAACCUAAAUAAUCUUUUUUUAUAUGAAAUUAUCUAUUUAUCCUUGAUUUUUUUUACUAUGUAUUUUUGCUAAAAUAAUAUAUGUGGAUAGAAUGAUUGAUGUAAAAAAAUUGGUUGAAUUGAUAAUAAUGUACUCAUUAUAAAUUAUAUAGGAAAUUUAAUGUUUUGUUAAUAGAUUUGAUCUAAAUACCAAAAAAUGAAAAUAUGAGACAAUUUAUUCUUUUUAAAAAAAAUUUAUAAUGCGUGUCAAUAUUUGGCAUAUCCUUCGCUUAUUUGUCUUUAGAUGAGAGAAAAACCAACUUUAUUAUAGUAUAUAGAUAUAUCUCAGCAGUUCAAAAACAAAUAUAUAUAUCAUCUUUGUAAAGAACUUGAAUAAUAAGAGUUCUUUUACCAAAAUUUUGAUCUAUAUAGUAUUGUAGAUCAGUAACAACUCGACACUCUUACUAAGCAUCAUCUAUACAUUAAAGAACAAGCCUAAGGAAAACAAAAGGUGCAGUAUACCAAAAUAUUCUAUCAGUAGUAAUUACUCAUACACCUGAAAGAUGCACAUGAGUGUGUUGACUUACAACUUAACUUGUAAUACCAAAGUGUUAAUGGCAUAGUCGUAGUGUAAAGGAGUUGUUAUGCUGUGUUUCUGAUUCAAACUACCCUCAGCAAGUGUUCUUCUAUAAAACCAAAACAUGAAUUAUGUUACUUGGUUGUUAUUGCGCUGGCUAUUGCAACCGUUCUAAUAUGAUUUUGUGUAUAUAAUUAUUAAAAAUUGAGUAUUAAAUGUUUAUUUACACCAAUAAAAAUUGUUACAAAUAAAAUAUAUAUUUCAUGAUAACAUUUAAAAUGACAACAUACAUAUAAUUUAUGUCAAGUCAAACACCCAAAAAAAAAUAUAAAUUGAAUAUGCAAGAAACAAUAAGAUAAUGGAAGACUGUAAAUUUGAAACUAAUUAUUAAAAACAUGUAUUCAAAUGUUUGCAAAUGUAAUCCUUAACAGUCACUAAAAGAACAUUAGGUCUACCAACAAUAUAUUCUUCAUGACUUGUUAGUUGUUUAUUGCAAAACGUUUUGCAAUCUACUUCACAAGUUGUCGGAUCUGGUUUUCCUGAUACUUUCAUGCACUGAUUCAAGAUGCAAUGUUUGACACAUUUCUCAACAUUGGCUGAAAGAGAAAUUUGUGCCGAAAGCAUCAUUAUACACAUGGCUACUAUCAAGAAAAUAGUGCAUGCGUUUUUCAAAAUUUGUGUUUUCAUACUGUAUAUAUGAUUACAACAAAUGUGAAAUGUGUAUUAGUUUAGUCUUUUUUAGAUCGUAAACAAAAUGAUUCUGAUAUUAUGUUAGUCGUGGUGAAUUAUAUAGUAAAGUAAAUGAUGAGUAUUUUUAGAAGUUUGUUUUAGUUUGGUUGUUGUUUUUUUUUUAGUGUAUAUACAUCGAUUAAUUUGGGUGGAACUUACCUAUAUUUUGUUGUGCAAGCUAUCUAACCAAUUUUUGUUAUAACAAUAAAAUAUAUCUUUUUUUAUCAGCGGCAAUAAGAUAUAUUUUUGGGUAAUUAUUAUAGUCAUAUUUAAAAAUUUAAAUGAUAUCAUACUAUUACAUCAAAACUUUGUGAUCUAAACACAAAAACUAUUUUACUAAAAUUUUCACAUAAUUAUUAUGUAUUUUAAUUAAAAUUUAGUUUUAUCAUGUGUUAUGUGUUUACUUUUGGUUCCCAAAUCUAUUAUGGUUUUCUAUUUUUUGUAAUUUUUUCAAAUCUGAAAUUUGUGACUUGAACAAUUAUAUAUCUUGUAAGAAUUAUAUAUAUUUUUUUUUUACACUGACCUUCACCGCUUUGUUUUCGACAAAAUAAUUUAGUUUUUUCAUAAAUAUACAUUUAAAAUGUGUAAGAGAAUGGUAUCUCACGUAAAACUAUAUCUAAGCGGUUCAAAAAUAAUAUAUAUAUGUGUAUAUGUCAUCUUUGCAAAUGUGUAAUAGUAUAUAAAUAUAUAUGAGCGGUUAAUAUAUAUGUAUAUGCCGUCUUUGUAAAGAAAUUGAACAAUAAGAGCUUUUUUAUCAAAAUUUGGUCUAUAUAGUAUUGUAUACCAGUAACAAUUCGAACACUCUUACUAAACAUCAUCUACACAUUAAAGAACAAGUCUAAGGAAAACAAAAGGUGAACUAAACCAAAAUCUUAUAUUAAUAGUAAUUACUCAGCCACCUGACAAAUGUACAUGAGUGUUAUGACUUACAACUUAACUUGUGAAACCAAAGUGUUAAUGGCAUAGUAGUAAUGUAAAGGAGUUGGUUCUUUUGUGUCUCUGAUUCAAACUACCCUGAAUAACUGUUGUUCUUUAAAACCAAAACAUGAAUUAUUAACUUGGUUGUUAUUGCGGUGGUUAUUGCAAUUGUUGUAAUAUGAUUUUGUGAAUAUAAUUAUUGUAAUUGAAUAUUAAAUGUUUAUUAAAACACACAAAAACUUGUUACAAAUAAAAUAUACCUUUCAUGAUUACAUUUAAAAUGACAACAUACAUAUAAUUAUGUUAGAUCAAACACCCAAAUAUACAAUAUAUAAAUUUACAAAUAUAAGUGUAAAUAUAUAAAUAUAAAUAUAAAUAUAAGUAUAAAAUAAAUAUAAAUAUAAAUAUAAAUAUAAAUAUAAAUAUAAAUAUAAAUAUAAAUAUAAAUAUAAAUAUAAUAUAAAUAUAAAUAUAAAUAUAAAUAUAAAUAUAAAUAUAAAUAUAAAUAUAAAUAUA